AUGGUUCGAAUCAAGCACAGAUACAUUUUGUUUGAAAUUUUGUAUCCACCAACUGCAGACACAAGAGUCACUCCUCGAGAGGAUUUUAAUCAAUUUAGUCAAUCUGAGCUGAAUGCAUUAUUAACAUUACAUCAAUCAUCGCCUAAUAGUAUCAAUGUGAAAACAAUUUUAAAUGUCAUUCGAAAAUCAUUACUGGAUCAUUAUGGAGAUGUGGGAGCAGGGAAAGCAGGAAUGUUAUUGAAUGUUAAAUAUUUUUCUAAUCGUACAUCAACAGGGAUACUACGAUGUGGACGAGAUCAGAGUGAUUAUAUUAUUGGGGCCAUGUCAUUAAUUGAAAAAAUGGAAAAUAAUUAUGUUAUAAUUAGAUGUUUACAUGUAAGUGGUACUAUCAAGAAAUGUGAAGAAUAUUCUAUAGAAAGAACUAAACAAUUGAUUAAUGUUAUUAAAAAUAAAAGUAAAGGGAAAGUUGAUGAAUAUAUAUCUCAGAUGAAUGAAAUUAAUCAUGUUGAAGAAGACGAAGAAGAAGAACAAGAAGAAGAAAAUCAGGAUGAUGUAAGGAUAAGCAAAUCAUAA